AUGUUCCUGCGCGACAACGAGUUGGCUCGCGGAGCGGGCGGCGGGGGCCGUCGGGGCGACCGCGCGCGCGUGCUGCAGCUGGCGAAGGAGCAGCGGGAGGCGCGGGGCAAGCGCAAGGAGCAGGAGGCGGCGGCGCGGCAGCUGCAGGCGUUCGUGCGCGGGCGUCUCGCUGCGCGACGUGUGCGGGCCCAGGCGCGAGUCGAGUUCGACCAGAAACUGGGCGAUAUCGCCAACUUGAAGGCCAUCCUGCAGCUGCCCAGCAUGCCGCUGCCUUACGACGCGCUGUUCGAGCUGCUGCGCCUGGUGCUGUUUUUCUAUACUGGGGGUGAAGAGGAUGCCGAGAGGUUGUUGCAGUUGAGCUCACUGUUCGGGGACUCCUUGGCCGCUGCCCGUGACGGAAUCAAAGGAAGUGAGGACAAGCAGAGAGACUGGCAGCUGCGACGGUUCGUGGAUCUCUGUCUGCAGUGCAGUACGGCGACCUCUACUGCGGUUGAAGUGGCGGUUGGCUUCAAGACUGCGCGGGAAUUGACGGAAACGCUGCCGGAAAUCCAGCAGUACCUACUUUCUGGUCGGUUGGUUGACUGUCACCCGCUGAGGGAAAUGAGGAAGAAGCAGUACUUUGAAAUGCCCAAAGCGUCGGUGACGCAGAUUGUUCGGCAAGGGUUGAUAUCGGCAAGAGGACAGCUGCCGAUUUCGUCUCGCGUACAUGAAUCGUCGUACUCUAACGCUCUGCUCGAUUUCGUGGUGUAUCUGCUGACGAAUACGAGCGGGAUACUUGAGGCGUUUGUGAUGGAGGUAAGAGCUGUUGGCUGUUGGUGUGGGGUUUUAUCCGUGCCACUUUUGAACAAAGUGGUUGCAGCUGAUCCGUUGCUGCAACUCACGAAUCUUCCGCUGUGGAUUCGACUGCUUAGUGCGGGUCUGCACUUGUCAGUGUUCGACUUCCCUGCGUCCCCGGUGACUGGGAUUGCUUCUGAAGCCUGGUUUCUUGGCAACCUCUUAUGGAUUUCUGACCAUGUGGAGGGUAAAACCGACGCUGUAGUACUGAACGAGGUCCAGCUGCUGUCCAAGCUGCUUCAAUCUGUACCGCCUGCAACGUACGCAGCAUCCGGGGUAGCUGUGUCGUGGACGAAAGUAUCCGAGUCUCACUCCGUGCCCGUGGUUUUUCCAGAGGCUUUGAACGAGCAACUUCAAAUUUUGGUUAAUGAUCAGUAUCUGCGCUCAAUGUGUAACCACCUCCUUUCAUUUUCCCCGAGCGCUCUUCGCCAUCCGCUGGGUGCCCAGCGACCAGUCCCAAUGUAUCCUGAAGCACCUACGAUCGCGGAGCAAUUUGGUUUUGGCGACAUCGCAUCUUCGUCUUCAUUGUCGACAUCUCUUUCAGUGACAUGGCAGAAGAUGAAAUCGAUCGGAAAGGCGUCAUGGGCCAGAAGCUUGUUCGAGAAAGCAGGACUUCGUCGGAGGCGUGAGGGUGGCGAAGAGAACAGCGGUAUUGCGGGUACUUCCCAAUUGCCAAACACCUCGAGGCAAGCGCGACAUAUUGCCGCUAGAGGAGUGGAUCAAAGCACGGAGCCUUUCAUUCUGGAGAAUAUCAAGGCACUAUCGUGCCUGUGUGGCACCUUCCUUUUCCGAUGGGGCAGCGAUGGAGGAAAGCGGCAGUCCUAUGCAAUGCGUCUGCUGAACACGCUGGCUUUCUAUCACGUUGAAGUUGUUGAUAACGAAGGGGUUGCAGCACAGAACGUAUCUCUCGUUCACAUGCUAUGGUGCGUUUUGCAAGAUACCAAGAAUUUUGAAGAUUUUGCCAAGAAUGUGGAUUUGAUGCAUGCGCGGAGCUCAGAUCCGUACGUGUGUAUGUUGGUGCUGUUUUGUAUGACAUACGAGCAUCUUCUGGUCGUGAUGGAUGAUGAGGAGAUGUAUGAAAAGGAAUACCCACUUCCUCUUUGCGAAGUGGAGCGAAUUGUGCUGAGUCUGAAGCGGGCGCUUCAUGAGGCGUAUUGGACCUACGCCAACCUUGCUCCGUCUUCCGAAUCCGUCGCGUUUGGCAUGUUUGUCGUAGAAAUGGCGACUCGCCUGAUGAGGGUUCUAUACAAUCGGUGUUCUCGGCAGCCAUUUUGCAAUGUUACGAGCUGGUAA